AUGGCGGAUAGACUGACUCAACUACAAGACUGUGUAAAUCAGCAAGCAGAACACUUCUGCAAUAGCAUCGGAAUUCUUCAGCAGUUUGCACCGCCAAGCAAAUUCCCAAACUUUGAUAGAAGCGGGUCGCAAACACCACAACAGCAACAGACGCAAGAGGACUAUGUCCAGCUCUUCACCACAUUGAUUGCAAGAUGUGCAAAAGACAUUGAUACUCUCAUUGAAUCUCUUCCAAGUGAGGAAAGCUCCACAGAAAUACAGCUCCAGAGUUUAAGGAUACUAGAACAAGAAAACCAAGAAGCUGCAGAACGACUUGAAGCUGUAGUAAGAAAUGGUCAGGAAUUAUUAGAGAAAAUUCAGGCAGCACUCAGUGAUAUUGCCCAAGCUCAAUUAGACAUGCAGCAUUUGACAAAAACUGCUACUGGUAGCAAGGAAUAAUUUUAUCAUUGCUGAAUUUUACUUUUAAGUUAAAAAUAUGGUUGUAACUUACUUUUAAGGUAUAAGUGAAUAAAAUAAAUAUAUUACAAUUUCCUAAAAUAAAGAUGAUUCUGUUG